GUGUGACGUAGGAGGAAGGAGACGCCAUUAGAGGGAGGAGGAGACCGAGUGCUCUUCGCCUUUCCUCCGGUUCCUGACGUGGUGGCUUGGGCCCUUCAUUCUCGGACUUUCCUUGGGCUCCCCCAGGCCUUGCUGUGAGGAGGGAGCGGAGGGUGUGCCGGGGUUGGCGGCCCUGGGCAGAGGCGACUGCGCGGGCUGCGGCUGGGAAGGCGCUGUCGCGACUUUGGGGAGCUCUGCGCGGCUCUCGGGCUUGGGCGGCGGGCAAGCAGCGGGAUGGCUGCGGCCGGCGGCGGGGCGGCGGCGGGCCGAGCCUACUCGUUCAAGGUGGUGCUGCUUGGGGAAGGCUGCGUGGGAAAGACGUCGCUGGUGCUGCGCUACUGCGAGAACAAGUUCAACGACAAGCACAUCACCACUCUGCAGGCAUCUUUCUUAACAAAGAAGUUGAAUAUUGGUGGGAAAAGAGUAAACCUUGCCAUAUGGGAUACAGCAGGUCAAGAGAGAUUCCAUGCAUUGGGUCCAAUUUACUACAGAGAUUCAAACGGAGCUAUUUUAGUUUAUGAUAUAACAGAUGAAGAUUCUUUUCAGAAGGUAAAAAAUUGGGUCAAAGAAUUACGGAAAAUGUUGGGAAAUGAAAUCUGUUUAUGUAUAGUUGGUAAUAAGAUAGACUUGGAAAAGGAGAGACAUGUUUCCAUUCAAGAAGCAGAAUCGUAUGCAGAAUCUGUUGGAGCAAAACAUUAUCAUACUUCAGCCAAACAGAACAAAGGAAUUGAGGAACUCUUUCUUGACCUUUGUAAACGAAUGAUAGAAACAGCACAAGUUGAUGAGAGGGCAAAAGGCAAUGGCUCCAGUCAACCAGGAGCUGCAAGACGAGGUGUACAAAUAAUUGACGAUGAACCUCAAGCUCAGAGCAGUGGUGGAGGGUGCUGUUCUUCUGGAUAGCUGUUCACACUGAAGAAACUGAAAAACAAAACAAAACUGUGGAUCAUUGCCCUCAACAUGAAGACUGCCAUAUUCCAAGUCACAUUAUUUUACCAAUGGAGUUAUAGAAUUAACAGUAUUUUAAAUUACGUUUAUAACACUGCAGAGACCUUAAGUGCUAAACUUAGUGGAGUUUGUGACCAGAGAAUUGGCAUUUUCUACAGAAGUUAACAAAGCAAUUACCAAUGGCCUUUUUACAUACUUUUUCUUUAAUGAGGAAUAAUAUGCAUGUAGAAAAGACCUACUUAAAGGCUUCAUUUAUAUUCUUUUAAAUCAAAUCUUUAUUUAAUAACUUAUAUAUGUUGUUGGAAUGGUAUACAUUUUUCAGCCCUUUGUAUUUUGUGGUAGUUUGAAUUGUAUCACUUCUAAACAGCAAAUUGUUUUUGUUUUUGUUUUUGUUUUUUUUUUUUUUUUUAAUUAGCAGAUACCUGAAGUACUAUUUUUGCAGGGUUUGCACAGACCCCUAACUGUCUACUACUUUGAUAUAAUCUAUAUACAUCCUGUAUGCUCAGCUCAUAAUAUACAUUGUAAAGUACAUAUUAAAUAUUUUAUCUGCUUUUUCAAGCGCAAGGUGCAAAAAUAUAUACAAUAUUCUUGUUGAUGACUGUAAAGUGAAUUAACAUUUGGUGAUAAUGCCUAAGCUUUUUGACUCUGAUAUAAAGAUCAUAGGUCCCCUUCACUUUGUCUUAACUUGAAAGUGACGUGUUAAAUUUUCACACAUACUUUACUUGAAUUAUUGCUGUUGUCACACUUUUUUGCCUCUGAAGUCCACCUAAUGAUUGAGCAGCAGCAUUUGCCUUCUGGUUUGGAUUGGGAUUUUUUUUUUUUUUUUUUUUUGGUUUCUUUUCUUCUUCUUCUUCUCUCUCUCUCUCUCUCUCUCUUUUUUUUUUUUUUUUUUUUUUUUUUUUUUUUUGCUUUUGGAAUGGCUACCUUAGACAAUUAUGAGUGGAGCAUGCUGAGUUUCACUUCUGCCAUCUCUUUGGUUUUCUCUUGGGUUUUCUGUGAGAUGGAUUCACUGAUAUUAGAAGAGAGGAAGAGGUUCCCAGUAGUAGCCACUUCCAAGACGACUCCAUACAGCAUGUUAAUGGUAGCUUAUGCUCCUGAGGCAGAACUCUUAGAUCCUUUGAGAGUAAGUUGUAUUUGUUCAUUGCUUGGCAGAGAUUAACAUGAAAGUUCUGCUUCAUUUUGUAAGAACUCUCACUCCCAGUUUCUGUGGAGGAAAAUAUUUCAUGUAAUGCAGUUAUAGCGAACACUGGAAAGAUGUAUUAUAAAAUUAUAUUCUUGUAUACUUUGUAAAUUAGUCCUUCUUACAAUUUUUUUCCUAAGCAUAGGACUGAACUUAAAUUUGUUAAUUUUAAUAAGAAUCAGGCGCUGCUCACAGAAGGAAACAGAUUGUGGAAAUUAACAUAAAUUGUUCUUGUUCUAAUAUAUAUAUUUUUCCAUUUCUGUCAUGCUUGGAAACUAGUAAAUGUUAUGUCUAAGAUAAAAUGGAAUGUUCCCUGGAUUUACUUCUUACCAGAAGCAGUAGUUUGCAAUAAAUCUGUUAACAUGA